AUGGAACGCAACGUGAGGCAAAUGCAGAAGCUGAUUGAAGAUAGCGGAGAUUCCUUUGCCCAAAAGGCUGAGAUGUAUUACAAGAAGAGGCCAGAGUUGAUCUCUCUUGUUGAAGAGUUCUACCGUGGCUACAAAUCUUUGGUUGAACGUUAUGAACACAGUUCCACACCGUGUGAUCUUCAAUCACAAGCUUCUGGUGUUUCAGAUUGUGGUUCUGAGCCACCUUCUAGCAUGCCUUCUCCCUCUCCGAGGAAGAUGGGGCGUCGCUUAUCCCCCAACCGUGCCGCGGGGUUCGAUGUCUUUCUAGGUUCUGGUGGGAACGUGAAUGGUUUUGAUGCAUGUCCAAAGGAUGGAGAUGGUUCUUCUACUUUGACAGAAUCUGAUGAGGAUUAUUAUGAUGAUAGCUCUUCUAUGAACAGCUUUUCAGGAUUCUUUGGGAAUGGAAAUGAUCAGAAUGGUAUGAGCAGAAGGGUGAUGGAAUUGGAGAUUGAGAUACCAUCUGAGGGGAAAGAAAAACUGUUCAAUGAGGAGGAACGUGUGAAAAAUGCUGAGGAUUUUCGUGCCAGGAUCAAUGCAUAUGAACAGGAACUACGGAAUGUGAAUGAGAAGUUGAGGCUUUCUGAAGGGGAGAUUAGUAUGCUGAAGAAUGAGCUUGAAAUAUACAGAUCAAAGGAGAAUUUGAAGGGUGACGUUGGAUUAUCUUCAUCUGUAGAAGGGGUAAGGAUGGGAGAGGAAUCCUUGGAGUUGAAGAAACUUGGGGAGGAGCUAAGGAUGACCAAUGAAAAACUUGAGUCUGCAGAAAUGCAAAUUGUUUCUUUGAAAUUUGGGGCUACUAAAACGUUUGAAACUAUUCAGCAAUUGCAGGAACAGCUUGAGGUGGCUGAGAAGGACGUUGCUUCUUGGAAAAUGAAGUUCAACGCUCAGAAAAGAGAAAACUCAAGACUCCUAGAAAGGCAUGCAAAGAUGAGAACCAAUGUAGCAGACCGGGAUCAUGAGGUCGGGGAUUUAAAAGCUCUUCUGUCUGAUGUACAACAGAAAAUGUUCUUUGAGAGAUCAAGUUUGAAGUCUGAAAUAGCCAAGUUGCUGGGAGAAAAGACUCUUUUAGAGCAGAAGAUGAAAGAAUGGGAAUGUCAAUGCCAAUGUUUAGAAGCAGAGAUAAAAAGAAUCCAGUCUGAAAAAAUAGAGAUGGGAGAGAGGCUAAAAGGAAAUAUUGAAAGUGGUGAGUGUUUGAAAUUAGAGAGAGAUAACCUGAGUGCAGAAGUUGGUUCACUUAAGAAAGUGAUAGAAUCAAGAGAUAAUGAGAUUGAAGAGGCUCAUAAAGAAGUGGAAGAACUAAGAUCAAGAGGUAAGAUCCUAGAGGAAGAGAUUGAGAGGCAAAGGGUUGAGAUAUUAGGUGGAGCUGAAGAGAAACGUGAGGCCAUAAGGCAGCUAUGCUUCUCACUUGAGCAUUACAGAAAUAAGUAUGAUAUACUUAGGCAGGCUUUCAGAGGAAACAAGAGGCUUCUUGUUUCGGCCACCUGA